UUUUGGGCGCUUUGAGUUUUGGACCAAGUUUGAGAAAUUUUACUUGAGACCUGAUUUUCAGAAUGUGCUAGUCUCCUGAGAAUCAAAUUCUUACCAGAUUUAAAUUGAUAAUUCAGAAUUGGGCACUUUGAAAACUUUAACUGAAUUUCAAUUGUAUUCUGUUUAAAAAAAACAAACAACAAAACAACAAACCAAAAACACCACAAAACCAACAACCAAAAAAAUACGCCACACACCACCAAACACAACCUCAAAUGAAUUUAAUGUAUAGUGAGGUUCACAUGUGUACUUUUCUGUUUUUGAUAGUAUCUUCUGACAUCAUUCUAUUUCUACUACUACAGGCUAGAAGAUACAAAAGAAAAGGGAAACUGGGCUGUGGUAAUGGUUCUGCACCAGUAAUAAACCCAGGAGAGAAUGCCUUGUCAAUUCCACAAAUUACUUGUGAUCACGUUGAUGAACAAGCAGACAAGAGAGAUGUGUCUUUCUACAUUGAUGAACCAGGAGUGAGAAGAUGUUUAGAAGGGAAUACCCAAGAAAUGUCAUGGGCCGACAGCUUCACUGAUGACAUUGACCUUAUAUCGGAAGCAUUGCCACUGCCAGCAGUAUCUGAUGUGGCACAAUUAACUGAAGCACAUCGAACAGCUGUAAAAGUCAUCAGGAGAAUGCAGUAUUUUGUAGCCAGAAGAAAAUUUCAGCAAGCUCGGAAACCAUAUGACGUACGCGAUGUGAUUGAGCAGUACUCACAAGGACACCUCAAUAUGAUGGUUCGGAUAAAAGAACUUCAAAGAAGAUUGGACCAUUCCUUGGGAAAGCCAGGCCUUUUCCUUCCAGAAAAAGGGGUAGACAAAGGAUACUACACUGUAGGAGCCAGACUGAUCCGGCUAGAGGACAAGGUCAUGCAGAUGGACCAGAAGCUAGACGGCAUCCUGAACACACUCCAGGCUCAGUUCGGGGAUCAGCCACUGGCACAAAUGUCAGGGCCAGCCACCACACCUGUCAGACAGCUACAGACAGCCUCAGAUUCCCCCCCAGUGAACCAGAAAAUCUGAAAGCCAGAGGACAGCCAGAUGCCACCCUCCUAUUCUUUUACAUCUGGUUAUUUUUAAGUCUUGGUGUCCCAGGAUUCAGCUGUGUCAUGGGUGAAACGAAAUAUUCUGCUGUAGUAGAUUAAAUUAAAAAAUGAGAAGAAGCAGCAAAAAGCCAGUCACGACCCUAAGAGAGCACAUAAGUUUUGCACCUGUUUUAUUAGCCAUUGUUAGCUAAUCUUUGUCAGCCUAUGGUGGUCCCAGGCAGCUAGCCCCAUUUAGGCUGACUGCACACGCGCAGGGCACGCUGUUGAGGUAAGCAUCCAAGUAAGGAUUAGGAUGACCCAUUUGUGGGCAUGGAAGGGGAAAAGGACUGGUUUUUUGGCAUUUAAUCACUAAGUUUAAUGCUCACAGCAUGCCCAAAAGGGGGAAAAGAGCCAGCAUUUGAACAUGAAACAAAUGGAAAUCAGUGAACAGGAAAAUUAAACAGCAUGUUUUGACUUCUACCAAGCAGUGAGGAUCAUAAGAAGGGCAGAUUUAUAUGCUAGUGCGAAUGACAAAGUAAAGACAACAGGCUACUGAUUAAAAAUAUGGAAGUGUACACAGGCUGGUUGACAUAUGAAAGACUGAAGCAAAGGCUUCAGCUAAUUAAAGCAAAGGGUUGCAAAUGAGAUGAGAUGCAUGUUGGAACAGACAGGCAAGAGAGAUAGUAUCUGCGUAGGCUUACUGCACAAGAACACUGUAAUAGCUAUCAGCUACGCUGAUGACUGUUAUGCAAAAUAUUCUCAAGCUUUUACCUUCAUUCAGCAGUGGUUGUUGACUCCAGUUGCCUUAAUUUUAACAUAAUAAACCUGGAUGGUAAUUGGCUGUGAAAUAUCUGUAAAGCUUCGUUCAAGUCAGUGAGUAACAGGGAGCUGCAGGAGGAGUGCAGCUGUGAUUGAGAAUGGCAGGGUUUCUUAAAGAAAACAAAAAUACGCAUACUGCUGAUGAAAGUUAAUCACUGUUUAAAUAAACUGCUGUAUAUAAUUUUAAAUGAUAGAUUUUUUUUUUCUUUGUAAUGUCGAAUGCACAUCUGGCUGCUAUGCUCUCACUCUGAAAUGGACCUUGCCAGGCACUCCAGAAAAGGGACAAUACGACUCUGUUGCUAAAUAUGUAAAUAAUAAACCAAGCUUAUAAGGGUGCA